GAGUCAACUGUUCGACCGCUUGUUCCUGCCUCUUUUGGCACAGACAUCCAAGACUACCAGCAUCGUUUCCGAGAGGCUUUGGUUGCGGGCGGGUCUGGACAGGCCGUUAUCAAUGCGUCCCGACUCCCGGUAACUGAGUCGGUCCACAUUUUCCAGAUCCCGCUCCUUUCGCUCAAGGAGCUUCUCGGGAGUGGGAGUGACGAGGAAGGCUCAGUUGCUCGUUAUUUUGUGUGCGACUUCGCAGAGGCAAAACUAGGAUCUCUUACAACAGAUCUCACGAAUCGUCUUGGCGUUGGCAGCUUCAAGGACGCGUAUCUGGGUUGGCUGACCCUGAACAGAAUGUCGGACUCGGGUUUGGGCUUCGUGGCCAAUCAGAAAGUUGCCGUGAAGCGUAUGUUCACCAACAAAGGUCUAGUACGGCGAGGCACUCUCACUCGUUUGCAACCCCGCGAUGAGUACACAGAGAUUAUGCGUGAGGCCAACCUCCUCCUGUGGUCGUAUGGGCUGUUCAAUGCUGCGCUGUCUUAUGUGACACAUCGGGUCCGCAACUUUGCGGCGGAGAUCCCAUCAGACUUGCGCAUUCCCACUCUCCGUUUCGUCGAUGCCGCUCUGGCACUUGUGCACAAACCGGUUGCAGGUGGCAGCGUUGUGAGUGCGACUACGUUGGCAAAAUCAUACCUGCUCGAGGAGUACAUCUCCACAUUGCCUGGAGAGAAGUUCAAGAAAUUUGUUCACAACGGCGAAGCGGUUCCUGCCCUUGCACCCCAAGAUCCCGAUUUCUACAUUGCGGAAUUCCUUUGUUUUACUCAGCACUUCCAGUACGCCAAGUCGGGAGGGCUGGUAAUUCUUUCAGAUCUCCAAGGAUCAUCGACCCUCUUGACAGAUGCACAGAUCAUGACCUCCUCCACGCUGACGGACGAAGAUGUGUUUGGCGGCGGAAACAUUCCCGCUAUCUUUGACAGAUUCGAAGACGAGCACAAGUGCAACGUGUACUGCCGCGCAUUUGGAAUGUUGCCGUUCCAGGUAUAUGAUGAGGACGCAAAGAUUUGAUACAUUUACUUGUUCUGU